AUGAUGAGCAACAAGUGCUGAGGCAGCAGACUCAAAACUUCUGCAUCAGGACCGGACGGUGGUCGGACUCUCAGAAAAACUGAUGUAUGGACUUUUUUUAAUAACACAAGUUAUAUAAGUUGUUGCAGCACAUGUCUGUGAAAGAGACGGAUCACACGGAACUGUUGUUGUUACUUAAACGGUAACGAAAAUGAGUCCGGUUUUGUUUCUUCUGCUGCUCUGUCUGCGGACCGCGGAGCUCCGUCACAGAUCAGCCCGGGAGGUUCAGCCGGGGUCUGCGAUGGAGACGGAGGAUGCUGGACCUCCGGCACCGGGGACAAAUGAUGUUCUCUCCCCGGAUAGGACUUCUCUUGGCCGAAAUGAAAGUUUUAAAGUUCCCGGCCUGAAGCGGGUCCCCCGUGGAGCGAAGGAUGGUAAUUUCAGGAAAAGAGAGCCGCACUCACCGAGCAGUAACGGGCGACCGUACGACGACCCGAGCGGUUACUUCACCACCACCCCACGGGCAGCCUCCUCAGCCCGGCCCGGUACUAACUCAUCGUCAGUACGCGGGUCGGGGCUCCUCAACCCGCUGUUCCCGGUCACCGAUGGCUCCUACGCGGCGUACGCGGUAAUGCUGCUGGCCCUUGUGCUGUUCGCCACGGGCAUCGUUGGUAACCUCGCGCUCAUGUGCACAGUGUGGCACAACCUGUACCUGAAGAGCGCGUGGAACUGCAUCCUCGCGGGGCUGGCUUUCUGGGAUUUCCUCGUGCUGUUCUUCUGCCUCCCCGUGGUCAUCUUCCACGAGCUCACCUUGAAGAGGUUGCUAGGAGACCUGUCCUGUCGGCUCGUGCCCUAUUUGGAGGUGAGCUCUCUGGGUGUGGCCACAUUCAGCCUCUGUGCUCUGAGUAUUGAUCGUUUCCAUGCAGCCACCGGCCCCGGGCCCCUACAGACGCCGAGGGUGGAGCCCUGCCAGUCCAUCCUGUCCAAGCUGUCCGUCAUCUGGGUGGGCUCCAUGGUGCUGGCGGCCCCUGAGCUGCUGCUGUGGCAGCUGGUGCAGGAGACCGUCAGCCUGCCGAUGCUCCCCAGUGACCGGCAGGGAGGAGGCUCUCUGAUGGCCGCCUUAAGGGCCCGAUCAGAAGCCUUUAAGGUGGAUAUCUGCGUCCGAGAGCCGUCGGUGGAGCUCCCAGAGAACGUCUACUCUCUGGUGCUGACCUACCAUGAGGCCCGCAUGUGGUGGGUCUUCGGGUGCUACAUCUGUAUGCCACUGCUCUUCACUCUGGCUUGCGACUUAGUGACGAGGCAGGUGGUCGCCCAACGUCUCCCGCAGAAACCCACCGUUGAAAAGGUGAUCGAAAGUUGUUCGUCCUCCUCGUCGAAGAAGAAGCAGCACACGAGAGAGCAGAGGCUGCGCACAACUGUGAUGUCUCUCACCAUCUUGUACGUCAUAUGCAACCUGCCGGAGAGCAUCUGUAACAUCACCCUGGCGUACGUCUCCGCCCACGUGUCCGCAGCUCUCCCGGCUCUGGCCCUGCCGGCUCUGGGUUUGCUGGGACAUUUCCUGCUGUUCGUGCGUUGCUCGGCGACCCCGGUGCUGCUGCUGUGCCUGUGCCGCUCGCUGGGCCAGGCCUUCAUGGACUGCUGCUGCUGCUGCUGCGAGGAGUGCCUCCCCGACGGCAACUCUUCCUCAUCUGCCUCGACUGCAGCCACCUCCAACCCCUCCUCGCCCACGUCGCCAACUCCGUCCUCCCUGUCCCCUUCCUGCAAAGAUGAGACCAUGAAGAGCUUGUUGCCGAUAGAACCAUCAGUUUGCUACGACCGGGUGAAAGACUCUUCAACAGUUAUCGGGACACCCUGCUGAGUUUUAGAACUGCAAAUAGGUUUAUCAUUUAGGUGUAUUUGUUUUGUCCAUCAUAUAGUGAAGCAGGGAAGACAUGUUUUUGUAGGGUGACCCGGAAGUCAGCAUCACCCUGGUUCCCUCAAUUAAAGACGAUGGGAUUUUCCCAAUGGAUUGUUGCAAAAAAAUGGGCAUAUUAACUGACGUCUUUGAUGCUGAAAAGAAAUCGUUAAAGUAUGUAAGCUUGUGUCAACCACAGAUCUUCUUCAACCCAUCGAGACGAGGGAACCGGAACUUCUAAAUGCUCACACAAUUCCGGGCUUUAGGACUUAUUCCUGAAUCACUCUUUCUCUAUCACUUAUAAGAAUGUUGUACUCUCCAAGUUGAUAUCAGAGAUCUGGGGGAAACAAGAAGAAGUCUGAUGUGUCCGAUUUUGUUAAGUUCUUCCAGAUCCCCAGGGCAGUAAACCGAUCAGACAGGUUGGAGAGAAAAGUACACACACUCCUCUGCACCAGUCUGUUUUCUAAGAAGGGAAAUCUUUAUACUGUAGCAUUCAAUAAGAUUUAGGGGAAUAGUAUACUUCCUACUUUCCCCUUUUUAACAAGACGAUGCCCUCAUAUACAAAACCAGCUCCAUAAAGAACUGGGUUUCCCAGUUUGAUGUGAAAAAACGUCACUGGACAGAGCCCUGAUAUCUGCUCUAUCCAAUGCAAACCCAGAUUUGAUCACCAAACAUCACCAUAACAAUGCUUGUGUCUAUCUUGAGUCUAUGUAAACUUGAUUUGGCACCAAAAUAUUUAUUUUCCAAGGUAAAGUUUUAACAUAAGGUGGGUCUGUAGAAUGUGAUGGAUGUUACCAUUGUUGACUUUGUUUUUCUUUCCGAAUUAAGUUUCUUCAACCAACAAAUUAGUUUCUAACCUGUUUAAAUGUCUGACUGAUCCAUAAUCCCUGUUUUUCUGUCAGCGGUAAACCUGCAAGUCCAAUAAAAUAUUAUUAAAACUGAUAGAAAUGAUGGACAAAACUACUGAAAUAAAAGUUGUUAUAGACUGGAAUUAUCCUAAGUCUGUGAACCGGUAGUUUAGAGCCUGUAGGAGCAGAAACGUGACUACGGUUAGAUGAUUACAAACAAUAUAGAAUGUCUGAUUUUUUUUGUGGGGGGAUUUUAGUGUUGUCCACCUGUGAUGGAUUUAAUCCUGUUAUUUUAGGAGUCAUACAUAUUUUACAGGUGUUUUUUAUUAUUAUAAAGUUAUUCAUAUGGAUCUAAUGCUCUUUCGAAUAUUUGUAUGUUCUGCUCUAAGUACUGUAUCAGAUAGAAACACUGGACAUUAGAGGGAUUUUUUAGGGUUAAACUGAAAUAGAAAUACUACUGAGACUUAUCAGCAAAUUGACUGCUGUGAACUUAUUGACGUAUUUGUGUUUGUUUUUUGUACAUGAUUUUGCUGUUGCUGUUUGUGUAGACAGCAGGUUAAACAUGGGGAUGAAAAGAGGUCAUAUUAGAUAUAAAUCAGAAUUUUGAAGCUACAAGACUUGGGUAUAGUCCAUUUUUAGGAUGUCAGUAGAUUCCUUUUGUUUUUAGAAUUUACAUUUGAUUGCCCUGAACAGUGGAGAUGUUGAUAAAUGCUCUAUCUGUGUUCACAAAGCCUUUUAUACAACAAAUUACUGGAAUAAAAAUGAACUUAAUGGAUUUACAAUUCCAUUCAGCAAAAAACCUCUUCUUAAUUCUUAUUUAAAAUCUGAAUUCUUUUUUUCAUUACAUCUUUGAAUAUAAAAUCUGUUUAUUACCCACAUUUUAAAUGAAUCCCAUCCAAAGACCAAAACAAGUCCUCAACUGAUUCAUAUGUCUUCCUCUGUGCUAUAGAAGAAGAGCUUAACAAAUGCUCUAUUUCCUCCUGUUUGAGUAACGUUUGCUAAAAACUGAAGUGACCAGCUGAAAUUACUUUAGUUUUAAUUGCAUUUUAAAGAUGAACAUAUUCAGUAGAAAAAAUGAUGAGCUCGGCAGAAAAAAGUCAGAAAAUGGGUCAGAAAUUGACUAACAAGUUGUUGGUUUUUUUCUGUAUGUAGGAUUUCUUUAAAAGAAAAGUAUAAAAUAACUCAAACCAAAUCCUGGAAAUCUGUGGUUUUCAUAAAAAGCAGGAUUUUCCUCAAAGGAAACCUUGGAAACUAAACUUUUGUGUAAAAAAGAAAAAACUGAAAUGACUUUCUGCAGAGAUGUCUUUAUAUGUUGUUGUAAAAGACCUAAUUGUAUUUUACUUAUAAAGUAUUGGAUUUUCAAAACUGCAGACAUCCUGGUCCAGUUAAAGAGUAAAGUCAAAUAUUAAACCGCCAAAGAAAUUCAGAGAGAAAAGUCACACAGAAAAGACAUAAAGAAGACACAAUAGAGAAACAAAACAAUGGGGAGAGGAGAAAUGUUCGGAUAAUAUCCGACAAAGGAAAAACUGAGAGAAGGGGGGAAAGAAAAGUUUCCUGUUAGCGGGGGUGCCUUUGUUCCUUAGCCAUCAUGUUUUUCAGCAACAAUCUGAACACUUGUGGAUUAAUUUUAUUUGGAAAAAGACGGCGGAUGUUUACUGUGAUCUCCAUCGGAAGGAAUGCAACGCAGCAGUGCUCUGGACACCCACUGCAGGAGAAAGCUGUGCAUGGCAGACUGUGACGCUCCUUUUUGUCAUUAUUCAAUUAUUGAAGGUCACAGCUUCACAAUAACAGUUGGCCUUUGAGUUUCUGCAGACAUAAUUAACAAAGUCGCUCUGUGAGCAGUUGCUGUGGAGAGUAGACAGGAAUUCCUCGUUUAACCAAGUGCUUUCAGCUGUUUCUAGACGUUUGAAUGUUUACUUAAAAGAUUGUCAUUAUUUUCUUCGAGCAAACCAUUUUCUACAACAUUUAAAACCACUUGGAGUAACCAGAAGGACACAUUGUUCAUUUAAGAAUGAAAAACCUCAGAAGAAAUUAAAAUACAUUUCAAACCAAACAUUCUUGGUAUUCUUCCCAGAAUACCAAGAAUCCUAAAAGACACAUUUUUCAAUGUAUCAAUCCUUUCUUGGAAGAUGGCUUUUAGCUUUCAAGAAUCAUUCAAGAUACUAUCCUGUGACAAGAUAUGGAUCUUAAAUGGACUUUAAAUCAAUACAAAUUUAAAAAGGGAAACAAGUACUUAUAUUGUUGCAAUUCAGCAUCAAUUUAGGAACAAGAAACAAAUAGAUAUUAACAAAUAAAAAAGUAUUUAACCUUUAAAAAACAUAAGGCCACCUAUUUGCAGCUUGGCAUGGCUCCUUCACAAAAUUAGUCCAUAGUUAAUUUAACUUGGUCUAAUUCUGGUUUUUGGCCCACAGCUGACCCGAGUGCUGCUCUCUGCCAGACUGCACCCCCCCAAACCUGAGCCAAACCUGGACCAAACCUGGCAGCUGUGUUGGGCCAGAGCCGGAUCGCAUUUGGUCCUCUGGGACCAGAAAGAAAUGCAAAUAUCCCGACGCUCAAAUGGCCUCAGUUGUUAGAAAAUCUUUGACAGAUAUUAGUACUUUAGGUGCAUACCACUUGUUUUAAGAGCGUUUUUCUUUUUGGUUAAAGUGUGCCGUUUUUUUUCUUAGAUUAAUCCCACACUGUAUUUUCCAACAUGUUUUUAUAAAAGCAACCCACUAUCACUACAAUAGACACACAUACAGUAGAAUAAACUGAUAUUCAUGAUCUCGCCAUAACAAUUGGGAAGACAAAAGAAAAUGUUUUUUCAUCUAUUCCUUUUGUAUGUAUUUCUCUUGAAAAAAGGCUUACAAGUGUAGGAGUUCUCAUUGUGUGUAGAUUUGUGUUUGGUAUUGACUGUACAAUGUACUGUGAAGGUUAUGCUUUGGACACAAUAAACAGUAGAAGUUCAA